AUGUUUACUUAUGGUACCAACCCGCGGUUCCCAAGUCUGAGGGAAACACCGCCCCGCGCAUGCGCGCUGCUUCGAGGGGUGGAGCCGCGCUCGCGCACUGCGCCGGGCCUGCAGCCAUGUUCCGCGGCGGCGGCGGCGGCGGUCGACCCAGCCAUGUUCGGCGCGCAGCAGGGCCGUACCGGCGGCGGGGAGCCGGGAGGGCUGCGCAGUUCUGCGCAGCAUCCACAGUGUUGGCACCAAGAGCAGAAAUGUAGGAGCUGGAAUGAUUCAGGUUCUUUGGCGUUUGACAAAUACCAAUAUGGCCAUUUAGACCACUGGCUGGAGAGCUCUAUAGCAGCAGGAGAUUCUAGGCCUCUUUCUAGUUGCCCCAGCUGGGAAGGUGGAACUGAAGAAGGGAAAGCAAUGAGGACAUCUAAUAAAAAAAUGACAAACUGUGUUUCAAAUGAUUCUGCUACCCCAUCUGAAAGGGAAACAGAUGAAGUGGUUCUGAGGAGAAGACAGAAACAGAUCAAUUUUGGGAAGAACACACUUGCUUAUGACAGAUAUAUUAAAGAGGUUCCUAAGAAUCAACGAAUACCAGGAGUUCAUCCUAGAACACCAAACAAAUUUAAGAAAUACAGCCGUAGAUCGUGGGACCAGCAAAUCAGGCUGUGGAAGAUAGCACUGCAUGCAUGGGAUCCUCCUACUGAGGAAACAUGGGAUCUGCAGCCAGUGAGUACAGAACCCUCAGGCAGUUCCCAAGAAUGGUUCUACAAAGAUCAUGAUGAUUCUGGUUCCGCUAUAUUUGAUGAAAAGCAGUACAGAAUUAAGUGUGCAGAUCAAUGCAGCCAGACAGACUAUACGUCAGAGAGUCCCUGUUCUCCUGAUUCUUCACCAGUAUGGAAACGCAGAAAACGAAACAAUCCUGACUCCUCUGUGGUUUCAAAGGGCAAAACCCAUUAUGUGCAUAUGUACCAUGCACUGGAAAGUCUUACAGAAUCAGGACAUCAGGAAGCUUUUACUAAAUGUUCAGAAUGGGAAAAAUUUGGUGAAAAUGAUGAAGUAAUGACAGUACAACACAACAUAGAAAGAAAAAGUGACCCCAUUCCCACCAGUUGUUCUUCAGGAUGGAACAAUCAGAACAACACGAGCAUCUUUCUGCCUGAUAGCAAAACUUGCAGAGACUCAGACUGCCAGCUGGAGAGGCUUAAGCUUUGUAGCAGUUUAUUCAAAGGACAUCGGUCAGAGUACCCUGAAAGGGGAUGGGGAAGUACUGAAGACAGAAUAUUGAGGAAAAAAAUUUAAAUACCAUGUCUGUCUUUGUAUAUAGAAAUAUCAAAGAAGGACUUUCUCCUGCAACAGAAAAUGAUUUGAAGAAUAGGAUAUAGUCUGAAAUCAGCAGAUCAAACCUUGGACGACUGGUGCAGUCUCCUAAGUUCUGCACUGAAAGAGGAAGAGGUUUACAGUCAGCAUUUGUGCAGUCAACACAAGGUGAAACAUGCAGGCAUCUCCAGAUCUUUAAGGAUAGACUGUCUUCUGCAAGCUCUGCCUUGAGUGUAAAACCUCUGAUUUUAUUCAGAUCUUCCUAAGAUGAUGGAUGUUCUUUAAAGCUUUUGUGAGGACACUUCUACUUCACCUAUGUUGACAGAUGACGUGCAUUAUAAAGGCUCCUUCUGUUAAUGGGUCUUGCUGUUGCCAUUUGGGGAUCAUGCUGCUUAAAGCAAACUAACAUUCUGCUGGUGAAUUGGUCCAAUGUUGGUCAGAGUGAAGAAUGCCACCUGCUGAAUCAAGGAGUUAAACCUUGUUUUCUCUACUGGACCAGGAUUGUGUAUCCAGGCUGGAGAACUGCUUCAAAAGAAUGUAGAUAAUUCCAGUUUUGUCUUCAGUUGCUAAAAGCAAAUUGCUCUUAGCUUUUCGUGAUCAUCUUUUUGGCUUAUUUUCCGUUCUCUGAGAUAAAUAUAUAUUAAGCUAACAUCUGCCUAAGUGGGAAGGGAGAGAUUAUCAGAAUCAGCACCUUCUCUUUGAGGGGAUGAGACUAUAUAAACAGCCACGUGAUCUGAAUUCCUGGAUUUCACUUCGAUGUAUAUUGCAGUGUGACUGAAGAGCCAGUACUGCUGAAAGGAUAAGAUGAUGAGGUCAGUGGCUACUCUUGUUACAGGAAUUGAAUGAGAAUCAGCAGUAUUUGCAGGUUUGGAGCUGCUUGGGCAUGGGCUGUCCUGGAUAAACUGUGAUAAUGUUGACUUUCCCUUGUUUUACUUUUCUAGUGCUGUGCUCCAAACAUUAAAGUGAGGGUUGUGACUCCAAUGGAGUUUAGAUGAUAACUAUGUGUCAGGUAAAAUAUAUUUUCUUUACAGAGUUUGUAUCGUGCUACUUAAGUCACAUACAUUUGUUAGAGCUGUUAAUUGUCUUUGUGCAGUGGUUCAGCUCUGCCAUUGUUAGAUGGCUCUUCAUAAGGCCACUGCAGGAACUGUGGCCUUGAGAUGAUGCACAGUGACCCUGAGGGACUGGCAGCGUACUCACGGGGCCAGGCACCCACUGUUCUGCUGAAGCAGGAGCCUGCUUGCUUGGAAAUUACUUCUAGUCCCUUCCAAAGCAUUACUUCAAGUUGUUGCUUAGAUUUCUUUCAAGUGAGUUUUGUAGAACUUCUCUGCUAGUUUGAGAUUUUCAGAUACACUUCUCAUUUAUCCAAGGCAUCAGGAAAACUUGACUGUAUACAGCAUUACUGCAGUGAACUGGAGCAUUAGUUUGCCUUCACCAAAGCCUGUCAAGCUUAUAGAAGUUUUGCUACAGUGAUUGUGUAUAGUAAGUUUGCUAGUUUCCAAUGAAGAAAAGACUCAAUAUGUAGGGGGAUGUGUGCUGCCGCUUUAACAGGAGUAUAUUAGGAUUGGUGGCAGCUGCUGCUCAGUACUAAGAAUGUCCUUCUGGCUGUAUGCUUGCCCAGACAUAGGAAGAGGGUGAGGCCUCUUGUCCACUUGUACUUAAAAGUCAAAUUAGCCAACCUCCCACCAUUGCGGAGUGAAAGGAGGCUGCCUGCAGGUUGGUGAGGCUUGUUCUCUACAUUUCCUGCAGCAUCUGGGACUCAUUCAUCUGUGCUUAUGCAUAAGGUUCAGUGGAGUCUCAGUGUGAGGUAGCUCAGUCACGUACCACAGCAUGGUGUGUGUAUACAGGGAACAAAUCUGUACAGCACCUUCUGAAGUACUGUUCAAGAGUGAUGGUGUUCCAGUGUGCAUGCUUCCAUGUGUUUUAUGAUGAUUGUAAAUAUGAGAGUGAUAUUUGUUUUUUGGCAUAUUGUCUUUAUGCAGAGAAAUUAAAGUCUUUAACCUUUAAAAA